AAGUCGCAUCGCAUCUGCUUCGGUCGACAUUUUUGUGUGAAAAGAACUUUCGUAGUUGCAGUCAGUAAUUAAAAUUUUCUGUUUUCGUUUAUAGUGCCCGCAUUAAGCCUUAAAUUUUAGAUCCAAAAAUGGAUUAUUACACAUCUAUCUGUCGGUUAUGUGAAGCACCAAAACAAGCCAGCCACAACUGGAUUGAGCUUUACGCCGAAAAGAAUGAGAAUUUGCUGCCAAAGAUUCGAGCUUGUGCAAACAUUGUGAUCCACGAAAAUGAUGAACUACCGAGAAAAAUUUGCAAUCGUUGUCAUCAGAUCGUGCAACAGGCCUACAACUUCAAGAUACAAUGCGAGAUAACGGACGCCAAACUGAGGCAUGAAAUUGAUUACGUGAAGACCAACGCGGGAAAAGAUGAAGGUAUAUCCGCACCACCCUUCAACUACGGUCGAUUCCUGCAGGAGAGAGAUGAGGUGGCAACGGAUGUGAUCCUAUCGGCCGAACAGGUCUAUGUAAAAACCGAACCGGUUGCGGAAGAAGAGCAGCCUAUACCGGAGGACGAGGAAGACUUUUCUUCUCCGAAUGUGGAGAUCGAACUCAGAGAAGACAGUCAGUCGGAACAAGAGGAAAAAGUUACCAUCGAAAAAAAGGAUGAUGAUGGUAAAUCGGUUGCGUCUGAUAGCGAAAAUGAUUCCGAUUGGUUCGAAAAGGCCAUAUCCGGAAAGAGGAAGAAAAGAAACCGGGGUCAUAACGAGUGCGACGUUUGUGGUGUGGAGUUUGUCCGAAAGUAUGAUUUGUAUACCCACAAGAAAACUGUCCACGGCAAAACGCAAUACCAGUGCAAGGAAUGUUCGAAGUGUUUCUCGAGGAAGUCUCGCCUGGACGACCAUGAAGUUUUGCACAGCGGUAUCCGGGCGUUUAAAUGUUCGGAUUGCGACAAAAAGUAUGCCACUCAGUUGGGGCUUAGGACGCACAUCGAAGAUGUGCACACGGAAAACCUACCCUUCGUGUGCGAUAAAUGCGGAAAAGGUUUUUCCAAGGAAGGAAAACUGCGCUACCAUUAUGCGGUGCACAUCGAUACCAGAAACUUCAUCUGUGACAUUUGCGAAAAGGGUUACAAGACACCGGCCCAUCUAGCGUUGCACAAGACAAUUCACCUGCCGAAGGAGCAGAAACGGAAGCGGAAGCCACGCGAUCGCCGCAAGACGUGCGUUUGUCCAUACUGCGGUAAGGUGUCCACCACGACCACGACGCACAACAUGCACAUCAGAAUUCAUACAGGUGAGCAACGCUACGAGUGCCACAUCUGUUCCAAGCGGUUCACCUCCUCCGGAUCGCAUAAGAAGCAUCUCCGGGUGCAUUCGGGUGAGAAACCGUACGUGUGCCAGUACUGUCAGAAGCCGUUCCGACAGAAACACCACAUGGACACCCACAUCCGGGGGGUCCACACGAACGAGAAGCCCUACCAGUGCAAGUUUUGCCCCCGGGCGUUCGCCACCAUCGGAAACAUGCGAUUGCACGAGAAAAGUCACGGCGAACCGGCUUCCGUUAAGCAGGAUGCGGUGGUUACUUUCCCGGAGGCCAGCACGGUUCCCAGUCCAGCAUCGCAAGCGUCAUCUGCGAUGAUGAUAAGCUCCACGCCGUCACCGAUGAUGGACCCGGCCAGCAUGAUCCCCUCAACCGCUUCUUCGGGAUAUGGACUUUACUAACGAUUGAAUCCAUUAGGAUAAAUUUAUUGUGUAUGAUAUUCAACAGAUACCUAAUGUAGGUAAGUUUUGCUAACAUUCA